AUGCCUAGAGCACGUGCAAAAUUUGAAUCAAAACCCAGUGAUGAUAUUGGAUGGAAUUUCGCUACUUCAACUGGAAAUAAAGGCGAAAUGAUCUGUUCGUUUUGUGGUAAAAAAGUUAUUGGAGGAAUUACUCGUUUGAAACAACACUUGGCUCAUAUAUCAAGUCAAGUAACUAGUUGUCCAAAAGUUUCUGAUACUGUAAGAAAAGAUAUGUAUAGACUUAUGAUAGAUUUUAAUUUGGCUAAAAAACAAAAAGCAAAAAGAUCGAAAGAGCUUGAAGAUGAAUGCGCCCGAAUGAAUGAACCAGAUUUUGAAGAUGAUGGAGAAGAUGAUGAUUUUAAACAAGCGAGACAAAAAAGUAUGCGGCAAUAUCAUGAAGACGAAUAUAGAAGAAGUAUAGGAGAUCAAUAUGAUGUUGGCGGUGGUAGUGGUAGUGGCCAACAACAAAAGAAAGGCUUUGGCCGUUCAUUCACUGUUCGUGAAAGGAUUGGAGGAAGUUUAAGGUUUACUCCUGCAUCAACACCGAGUACCAGAUUAACAGACAGAGAAAUUGAAUUAGAAAAAGAAAGAGCUCCAGUAAAGCAACAAAAAAUUAAAACCAAAUGGUUCAAGAACCAAAAAGAAAAAUUGAUGGAAGCGUUUGGAAAUUUUGUGAUUCAUAAUAGAUUGCCUUUUGCAGUUGUAAACUCACCUUGGACGCGGCCACUACUCAGAGCAGCUUGCGAGAUUGGUCCAAAUAUACCUCCACCAACUCCUUAUGAAAUUGGAAAGUCAGUUGACGCUUCGCUUGUUACUUCAAAAGAUGCUGAAUAUUAUUUUGGUCUGAUGAAAAGUGUAGUUCAAGAAAUUGGUCCAGAAAAAGUUGUUCAAAUUGUCACAGAUAAUGAAGCGGCAAUGAAACCCGGUGGAAAAAAGUUGAUGGAGGCAUUUCCACACAUUUAUUGGACUGGGUGUGCUGCUCACUGUAUUGAUCUAAUCCUUGAAGAUUUUGGAAAAAGAAAAACAAUUAAAGAUGUUAUGGAAAUAGCCAAAAAAAUAACCCAAUCCAUUUACAAUCAUAAUUGGGUGUGCAAUUACAUGAAGAAAAUCACCGAUGGCAGAGAUAUUCUUCGGCCUGGGAUUACAAGGUAUGCUAUUAAUUUUAUUGCCUUAGAAAGUAUUAUGAGGCAUAAAAUUGGAUUGAGAAAUAUGUUUGAAUCUGAGGAAUGGUUAGCUUCUAAGUAUGGUAAAGCUACCACCGGUCCUGCUGUUGAAGUUAAGAAAAUAAUUCUUAGCUUGUCGAGCAAAGUUAUAGGAUUUGGAAAAAAACAAAAGAAAUUGUGA